AGUAAGCAAUGGCAAAAGAUAGCACGUUUGAUUCAUUGAUUUAGCUGCUUUGUUCUCAACGACUUAUGUGUUUUGAUUAUGCUGCGAGACGCAAGUGUUUAUAUUAAAUUGAGCGGCUUUAUGAAACUCAGUUUAAAACUGAGCUCAUUGAAAGCAAGACUGACUUUUUUUAGACAAAAGUGAUUUUUUUAGGAUAUUUUUAGGUGAAGAGUGUUUACUUUUGCUGGAAUUUUAUUUAAAUUGCUUCAACAACCGUUAUGCGCCGCAAACUCUUGCUGUUUUGCUUGUUGCCUAUUCUCUGCAGUUUGGCUGCGAAGAAAGCGGCGCCCAAUGUGGCAUGCCGGGACGAAAAUGGUGCAUUAGUUGACUGGUUCUACAUGUACAAAUUGCCGCGCAUACACACACAGUACGGCGCCCGACGCAACAGCAGCGGUUUCAACUACCUCUACAUUACAAGCAACAGUUAUGAUGCCUGGCGUUUGUCGACACACGAAGUCACCUCGACCGAAUCCAUGCCAGGCAAACUGCUGCAACCGCUCUUCGACGAUGAGCGCGUGCUGUUGGUGGCCUAUAAUGACCAGAAACCCAACAGCAAUUCGAGCACGCCGAAAGCACACGCCAAGGGACUGCUGGCGACAGACGGCGAGACGGCAGUGUGGCUGGUACAUUCAGUGCCGCGUUACCCGGAAAUACCAGUUUACAAAUAUCCGCUAACAGGCGGGCGUUAUGGGCAGAGUUUUCUCUGCAUGUCACUGCAGGCCAGCGAAGUGGAUAAGGUGGCUACGCAAUUGCGGCUAAUGGUGCCGCUGAUUUACUACACGCGCACACCCGAAGCGGUGCUCGCACGCUUUCCCAUACUGCAACAGGUGGUGGCUGGUAAGUGGCAGCGCGAGGCACCUUUUCAAAAUAAAGUCAAGCUGGCGACGCUCGGCGGCACAAAAUUCAAAUCGUUUGCGAAGAGCGGCAAGGCGGUAACGGAACUGUAUGAGGAUGUCAUAGCGCCGGCGCUGGACGUCAAUCUACUGGUGGAGACCUGGCGUAAUGGUGGUGGUAAUUUGGAAACCAACUGCACGCGGAGCGACAAAGUCUACAACAUACAAGAAAUCAAAGAACAACAACUGCAAAUCGCUUUCAACACCACAUCCGAUCACUCGAAAUGGGCGGUUUCGCAGGAGAGCGGUUUUCAACUCUGGCGUUGGCGUGUCGGCGGCGCGGAUUGGCUUUGUGUGGGCGACAUUAAUCGACAGCGCGAUCAGCUGGUACGCGGCGGUGGUAGCGUUUGCUUGAAGAACAGCAAGGUGGCACAACUUUAUAGGCAGCUGAUACAAGGAUAUGAGCCAUGCCCGAGGCAAAGUAAUUGAAACGCAUGAAUGCAAGCGAUAGUGGGAGGUCUAAAAUUAGUCUAGGUACAUACUUACAUACAUAUGUAUGUAUAUAGUUAUGUAAACUAGUAAGAUAAAAUGUUAAAUUUAGCUUAAAUAGAUUUAAGUUUAUUGUGCUGUUUGCUGAUUUUUAAAAUUCCCACAUCUCACAUAAAUUAAAAACUUUUCAAAUGUUAACUCAUGUUAUCCAUAACGUUUUUUUGUUGUUGUUGCUGUUGUAGAUGCAAAAAAAUAUUUCUUAAAUAAUUUUGAGUAAUAUUGUCGCCAAAAUUAAUUCACUCAUAUCAUUUAAUAUUACCAAUACUCUAAAUAUUAUUAACUUUUAUUAAUUAUACACUCACUUGCCCGCAUUUUAUGUAGCAGUCGCUUUAGAGAAGCUUUCGAAAACUCCUUACAAAAAUGUUAAGAAUUUUGUACAAAAUUUUUCACAACUUGCGCUCGCAUUCAACACAACAUAUUCAUCACACUGUAAAACAUACAGACAUUGUUAAAAUAUAGAAAUAUGUGGCUCAUAAUUUUUAUGAAAUUCGCAUGAAAAUUUUUAUUUUCACUUUUUUAAGGUUAAAUUUUUAAACUUAAUAAUUUUAGCAUAUUUUGACACUAAAACUUCAUUCUAAACUUUU